AUGCAGAGGGGACUUGUUAAACCAGUCUUCCUGGAGUGUCUUGGGACAAAACUUAACAACUGCAACCCCUCUAGUUGUGGGGGCUGCAAGCCCUGCUGCUCUUCAGGCUGCGGGUCUUCCUGCUGUCAAUCCAGUUGCUGCAAGCCUUGCUGCUGUCAGUCCAGCUGUUGCAAGCCCUGCUGCUCUGAUUCAAGCUGCUGCAAGCCUUGCUGCUGCCAGUCCAGCUGUUGCAAGCCCUGCUGCUGUCAGUCCAGCUGUUGCAAGCCCUGCUGCUCUUCAGGUUGUGGUUCAUCUUGUUGCCAGUCCAGCUGCUGCAAUCCCUGCUGCUGUCAGUCCAGCUGCUGCAAGCCCUGCUGCUGUCAGUCCAGCUGCUGUAAGCCCUGCUGCUGUCAGUCCAGCUGCUGUAAGCCCUGCUGCUGUCACUGCUGCAAACCCUGCUGCUGCCAGUCCAGCUGUUGCAAGCCCUCCUGCUGUCAAUCCACCUGCUGCAAGCCCUCCUGCUGUCAAUCCAGCUGCUGCAAGCCCUGCUGCUGUCAAUCCAGCUGCUGCAAGCCUUGCUGCUGUCAGUCCAGCUGCUGUAAGCCCUGCUGCUGUCAGUCCAGCUGCUGUAAGCCC